ACGCCUGUGUGCAUCUUCCUCGUCUUCUCCGAGCCUUAGUCCUAACACCCUGACCUCUCUGUCCCCCACUUUUCAGCUGCCAGGCAGUUACUCUCUCGGGCCCCCAGGAUAUCAUAAUUGAAGAAAAAUGAUGGAAGAAAGUGGAAUAGAAACAACACCACCUGGGACUCCUCCACCAAAUCCUGCAGCACUGGCUGCUGCUGCUGCUGCUGCUACUACUACUACUACUGCUGCUGCUGCGAUGUCUUCCACCCCCGUUCCUUUAGCUGCAACCAGUUCUUUUUCUUCUCCAAAUGCAUCUUCUGUACAGUCCUUGCCACCACACGCAUCGUCUACCCCUCAGCCAUCCCUUCCUCCUGUGAGGCCUUCAGCAUCAUUGCCUUUUGUGCCUCCUUCACCAGUUCCUUCUGCUCCGCCACUUGUUACUGCAAUACCACCUCCUGUUUCUCCACCAGCUGCUGCUGCCCUUACUAAUCCUCCUUUAUCCCACUUCCCAACUUCAACUUCUGCCCCAAGUACUCUUCCAUCUGCACCCCCUUCGGGUCCUCCUACAUCAGGAUUUUCUGUUGGUUCAGCUUACGACAUUACAAGGGGACAUGCAGGAAGAGCUCCCCAGACACCCCUGAUGCCAUCAUUUUCUGCACCUCCAGUAACAGGUAUUUUGCCAACCCCCAUUACUCAGCAAGCUAGUUUGACAUCUCUGGCCCAGGGAACUGAAACCACAUCAGCCAUUACUUUUCCAGAGGAACAGGAAGAUCCUAGAAUUGUUAGAGAUCAGGAUGAAGCAUCUGCUGGUGGACUCUGGGGUUUUAUUAAGGGUGUAGCCGGGAAUCCUGUGGUGAAAUCUGUGCUUGAUAAGACAAAACAUUCCGUAGAAAGCAUGAUUACCACGCUGGACCCCGGCAUGGCUCCAUAUAUCAAAUCUGGAGGUGAACUGGAUAUUAUAGUGACCUCAAAUAAAGAAGUAAAAGUUGCUGCUGUCCGAGAUGCCUUUCAGGAGGUCUUUGGCUUAGCUGUGGUUAUGGGAGAGGCUGUUCAGUCCAACAUUGCCCCACAACCAGUGGGCUAUGCAGCUGGAUUAAAAGGUGCCCAGGAACGGAUAGAUACCUUGCGACGAACUGGAGUGAUCCAUGAGAAACAGAUUGCUGUGUCAGUAGAAAACUUCAUUGCAGAAUUGCUUCCUGACAAAUGGUUUGAUAUUGGCUGUUUGAUAGUUGAAGAUCCCGUCCAUGGCAUUCGUCUGGAAACAUUUACUCAGGCUACACCAGUGCCUUUGGAAUUCGUACAACAGGCUCAAAGUCUAACUCCCCAGGACUACAAUCUGAGGUGGUCAGGCCUUUUGGUGACAGUGGGCGAAGUCCUGGAAAAGAGUUUAGUAAAUGUCAGCCGGACUGAUUGGCACAUGGCUUUCACUGGCAUGUCACGUCGACAGAUGAUCUACAGUGCGGCCAAAGCAAUAGCGGGCAUGUAUAAACAGCGCCUGCCACCCAGGACCAUGUGAGCAGACUUACCUAGGAUACUGAGAUGUCCUCACUUUGAGCUUGGUGGUAAAGAAGAGAUUUUACCUUCUUAAAUUGGAUAGCUUCAGUGAUCCAGCAAUUUUGGUAAUUUUCAUGUAGGCUGCAGCUUUUCUUCCCCCUUUAAAAAGGCAUGGUGUCAUGUCAGUAGAUGAAAAGAAACAGAUCCUUUUUAUGAUCAUAUAAUUAAUGUACUAUAGUUCUCAGAAGAAAUAUAUGAAUAUUUUUAUAGGAUAAUUUGAUAUACCAAAUUUAUAAGGUACAGAUUCAUGGUUAAGAAAUUUAACUUAAUAUGUACUUGAUUGUUUUUCAUAACAUUGUUAACAUUUUUAUUGACUAUUCUUUAAAAGCAUUGUUUCUUUUAAGUCAAGAUUAAUCUCUUCUGUCAGUCUUUGAAGGUUUUGUGUGUGCACAUGAUCUCAGGUCUGAUGCUGAGCGGUGUGCUCAACAAUUUGCCCUAAAACACCUACCUGUAGGAAGAUGGUGCACAUUUUGUAAGCUUAUUGUUAACAUGGGCCAAAACAACAGAAUUGAUCACGUUCUCUUUGGUUAUCAUGUACACACAUAGUGUGAAUAAUUCUACAUUUUUUAAAAUAAGUUCUGGCAUUUUACAGAUUUAUACUCUCAACAUUAGGGUAAUACACUUUAUUUUUUGAUUGUUGUAUGACAACUAAAUGGCAAAUGAUUCCAGUAUUUUUUAAAUCAGAAGCAUUUGGGUAAUUUUCAAAUAAUGGUAAACUCUGACAGCAGCCAUUAUUUCUGCUUCCACUCAUGUUUCCCCAUUGUAAUAGAGAAGUUUUGAGAGGGAAUUACUUUGUUAAUGGGAUUGUCUGCCUGUUAUUUUAAUUAAGGUUACUUCUUACUACAUUUGCCUUAAAUACUGCUUUUCUAAUGCACUUUGUGGCAUUCAAGGUUUUCAAAGAAACUUUUAUAGUCAAUCUGGUUUAUUUAGUCCAUUAUGUUGGUACUUAAUGAAAGCUUCUUUUCUUCCCAAAUAUAUUUACCAUCUUUGGAUUUAUAUAAAUCAAAAUUAGUUUCUCUUACACUUUUGAACUCUAUAUAUGCAAGUUCAAAUAACUCAAGAUAGUUUCUUAUAUAAAUGUAAUUUAAUUUAUUUACUCUUCUAUGCAGUUCUCUAGAUUUAAAAGAAUUAGCACAAUCUUAUAAAGGGUGUUGAAGCUCUUAUCCUGCACUGUCAUUAAAUGUAAGGUUUGCUUUGUAUUUUUGCAGUGUUUUUACCUGGGGAUGAGAUGAAUAAGUAUUAAUUUUGUGACUAUGGUAUAUGUUAAUUUUUAAGCACUGUAAAAUGAUUGUUCAGUGAAAUUCAAACUUGUAUGUCAUUAAAAGUAAUGAGAGAAAAGAGAUGAAACCAGUUGGACUGGGGACUAUUUGCUUUUUUCUCCCUCAAGCUUAGGAAAGAAAACCUGUCUUCAACACAGUUCUUCACUGCUGUUUGGUCUAUUUUGUGGGUGGUUUUUUUUUCUAAAGUGCUCAAGUAACUAGUUACUGAGUUUUAUAAGCUUGUAUGUGUCUGUUUUGAUUAAGUUGUGUGAAAGAGAACAGGAAAAAAUUCAGGGAGAGUAAUUUAACAUCAACCUUAGUUGACAGAAGUACUCAGAUUAUUCAGUUCAAGAUCCUCCUAUUACUGAGUUUGCCCAGUAACCCUGGACCUAGAAUUGUGCCACAGCCUUCUGGAGUCGGAAGGCUUUAGGCAAUACUAGUAGUUUUCUUACCCUUCCUACUUCCCACUCUUUGUUCCUCUUCUCUCAAGGAUACUGAGGUAAGAAAUCGGGAACGUAGACAAAGUGGUUGUAUGAGAGUAACUAUAAGUAAAUAACAGUACAGAUGAGCGUGUAUUAUGUACAUCAUUUAAAAUUAUGCAAAUUAGUAAUAUACUCAGGGUCCACUAAAUUACUUCAAUAUGUUGCUGGAUUUACUUUGUUCCUUGGCUAGAAAAGAUUCUUAACAGGAAUUCAUGUUCUAUUAAGCCAAACUUUCUAUGUUCUAGAAGAUGUUGGGUUAUGUGUAAAUUAUUUAAAAACUUAGAUUUUUACUUCCAGGAAUGCUGUUCAUUUUUAAGGUACUAUGCAGGAUGAUAUAUUGGGUAACACCAAUUUUGUAAGUAUGUAAAUUUGACAUAAAUAAAUAAUACCUCUACUUAUU